AUGCAGUCAAGAUUCCUCAGUACUCUGGCUUUCAAAGACAAAAGAGAAAACAAUCUGCCACGGUUCCCUUUCAAAAAAAAAAUAAAAUCAACCAAGAGUAAAGCUGGAAAAUCAAGCCUCAUGAAUCCAGAUACAGAUAUAAACAAAAGUGCCUCUCUGCCUGCUGAAGAACAGCCAGACGAAGCUGAUGGCCCCCUUCCUGGUGCAGACCGUGACCAAGCGGAGAAAGUGAGAUUAUCUCCAGCCAAAAUGUCUACCAAGAACUCUACCGACCUAGUUGAAUACGUUGACAAGGCUCGCCCUUUCCUGCCCAUCAUUGCCAAAGCCCAGACGAGCCAGCUGGAGGACAGGCUGAGCCUCCAGGAGCGCACCAUCGCGUUCCUGCUCGAGCAAGCCUUCCGCAUCAAGGAGGACAUCUCUGCGUGCCUCCAGGGGGCCCACGGCUUUCGGAAGGAGGAGUCGCUUGCCAGGAAGCUGCUAGAAAGCCACAUCCAGACCAUCACCAGCAUCGUCAAAAAACUCAGCCAAAACAUUGAGAUGUUGGAAGAUCAAAUAAGAGCUCGAGAUCAGGCAGCCACAGGAACCAAUUUUGCAGUGCAGGAUCUAAGCAUCAAACACCUGCAAGGAGUUGGAGACCUUCGGGGAAGAGUAGCCAGGUGUGACUCCAGCAUUAUGAAGCUUUCUGGAGACAUCCACGUCAUCAGGCACGAGCACCGGCAAAUGGAGAAGGCGAUCCAAGACCUCAUGUCUGCUCUGACAACUGUUUCCAAAAACUUGGAUCUAAAGGUAACGCAGCUCUUCGCAAAGAUAGAGGCUUCCACCUCUGAGCAAAACUCAAACUUAAAGAUGGUCCAGGGAGAUUUUCGCCAUGAAAUGAAUCUUUUGGAAUUCAAAUUUAACUCUCUGUCAAAUAAUUUUUAUGAAGAAGUUGAGAAUAAUCAAAAAUGGACUGAAAGCCAGUUUAUCAAACACAGACAAGACCUCCUGGCCCACAUAAAUGAAGGUCUGAAGGUCCUGCAGGAGAAGCUGGAAAAGUCAACAAACAAAACAGAAGGAAAAAUGCUGGAGCUUUCAAGCAAAUUAGAGAAUUUCAUCAAUUCACAGAAACAAGAAGCAGAACUAAACAAAGUCAAGCAUAUAGAACAUAAAUUGUCCAAGAAAAUGAACCAUAUGGAAAAGCAGCUCUGGAGUGAACUAGAAAAAAUGCAGACUGAGUAUCAGUCAGGGUUCCAAUCCGUUCACGACUCUCUCAACUCCCUCCGACAAAUACAGAAAACAAAAAUGGAUCUAGAGAAAUAUAAAGUGCAAAAGGACAUCAAGAAAUUACAGCGUAAAAUAGUCGAACUACAGGAAGUGUAACACCUUCCAGAUCUCUCUCUCUCUCUCUCUUUUUUUUAAACCAGAAAAUGGAAUGGUUUGUUGGGAAGAAGAAAGUUACUGUUUCUAGCAUAUUUCUACCUCCAGUGUCUCAGUUUCUCACCACCAUCUAAGAAGAUGAAUGUACCUGGAAAAAACAAUAAAGCAAGAACCUUUAUGACAUCUUCAAAAUACUGAACAAAUUAAGGAAUUUAUUCAUAUACAUACCUUUUAAUAUUCUUUUGCCUGCAAAUUAAAGGAAGAGCCAUCCAAACUGGGCCUGAUGGUACAUGCCUGCAGUACAGCACUUGGAGG